AUGUCGGCUGAACCAGAUCACUCCAAGCCCAAGGUGGAUCUUUCAAAGAACCCCGAUGGCGCUGAGCCCAAGGAUGUAGGCAUCACCAAACACCUUUCUGCGACUGCCCUUACUGAUCCGCCACAGAACGAUGAGACCGCGACUGCCAUCCUCAAGAAGAAGAAGAAGCCAAACUCCCUGAUUGUCACCGACGCCGUCAACGAUGACAACUCAAUCAUUGCCCUCUCAAACAACACCAUGGAGACGCUCCAGCUCUUCCGUGGUGACACAGUCCUCGUCAAGGGCAAGAAGCGGAAGGACACUGUCCUCAUCGUGCUUGCCGACGACGACCUUGAUGAUGGCUCUGCGCGGAUAAACCGUGUCGUUCGCCACAACCUGCGUGUCAAGCACGGUGAUGUUAUCACCAUCCACCCGUGCCCCGACAUCAAAUACGCCAAGCGCAUUGCAGUUCUCCCCAUCGCCGAUACCGUCGAGGGUAUCACCGGAUCGUUGUUCGACGUUUUCCUUGCCCCAUACUUCCGCGAAGCCUACCGACCGGUUCGUCAAGGCGACACUUUCACAGCCCGUGGCGGUAUGCGACAAGUGGAGUUCAAGGUCGUUGAGGUCGACCCACCAGAGUUCGGUAUCGUCGCACAAGAUACCGUCAUCCACUGCGAGGGUGAGCCCAUCCAGCGCGAGGACGAGGAGGGCAACCUCAACGAGGUCGGAUACGAUGACAUUGGUGGCUGCAGGAAGCAGAUGGCACAGAUCCGGGAGUUGGUUGAGCUGCCACUGAGGCAUCCUCAGCUCUUCAAGUCUAUCGGUAUCAAGCCUCCGCGUGGUAUCCUGAUGUACGGUCCUCCUGGUACCGGUAAGACGCUGAUGGCUCGUGCCGUCGCCAACGAGACCGGUGCCUUCUUCUUCCUGAUCAACGGUCCUGAGAUCAUGUCCAAGAUGGCCGGUGAGUCAGAGUCAAAUCUGCGAAAGGCUUUCGAGGAGGCCGAGAAGAACUCUCCAGCGAUCAUCUUCAUUGACGAGAUUGAUUCGAUCGCGCCCAAGCGUGAGAAGACCAACGGUGAAGUCGAGCGCCGUGUCGUCUCGCAACUGCUCACUCUUAUGGACGGUAUGAAGGCUCGCUCUAACGUCGUUGUUAUGGCCGCCACGAACCGACCCAACUCGAUCGACCCCGCUCUCCGCCGUUUCGGACGUUUCGACCGUGAGGUCGACAUCGGUAUUCCCGACCCUACCGGCCGUCUCGAGAUUAUGCAAAUUCACACCAAGAACAUGAAGCUCGGUGACGAUGUCGACCUACAGACCAUCGCUGCUGAGACUCACGGAUACGUCGGUUCGGAUUUGGCAUCACUCUGCUCCGAGGCUGCUAUGCAGCAAAUUCGUGAGAAGAUGGAUCUCAUCGAUCUGGACGAGGACACCAUCGAUGCCGAGGUUCUCGACUCGCUGGGUGUAACCAUGGAGAACUUCCGUUUCGCUCUUGGUGUAUCCAACCCAUCGGCGCUUCGUGAAGUCGCUGUUGUCGAGGUUCCCAACGUUCGGUGGGAGGACAUUGGUGGUCUGGAGGAAGUCAAGCGCGAGCUCAUUGAGUCCGUGCAGUACCCAGUCGAUCACCCCGACAAGUUCCUCAAGUUCGGCAUGUCUCCAUCGCGAGGUGUGCUCUUCUACGGUCCUCCUGGUACUGGUAAGACGCUUCUUGCCAAGGCUGUUGCCAACGAGUGCGCGGCCAACUUCAUCUCUAUCAAGGGUCCCGAGCUACUUUCCAUGUGGUUCGGUGAGUCUGAGAGCAACAUCCGUGACAUCUUCGACAAGGCCCGUGCCGCCGCACCUUGCGUUGUGUUCCUUGACGAGUUGGACUCUAUCGCCAAGUCGCGUGGUGGAUCUCAAGGAGAUGCUGGUGGUGCAUCCGACCGUGUGGUUAACCAGCUUCUGACUGAGAUGGACGGUAUGACAUCGAAGAAGAACGUCUUCGUCAUUGGUGCUACCAACCGACCGGAGCAGCUCGACAACGCUCUGUGCCGUCCUGGUCGUCUCGACACGCUCGUCUACGUUCCUCUACCCGAUCUGGCCUCGCGUGUCAGCAUUAUCAAGGCUCAGCUCCGCAAGACUCCUGUCGCUGAGGACGUCAAUAUCGACUUCAUCGCCCAGAACACCCACGGAUUCUCCGGUGCCGAUCUUGGUUUCGUCACCCAGCGUGCUGUCAAGCUCGCUAUCAAGCAGUCUAUUGCGAUCGAUAUCGAGCGCCGCAAGGCUCGCGAAGCUGCUGGUGAAGACGUCGACAUGGAGGUCGAUGAGGAGGACCCAGUACCUGUGCUGACCAAGGCCCAUUUCGAGGAGGCCAUGCGCUCUGCUCGUCGUUCCGUUACCGACGUCGAGAUCCGCCGAUACGAGGCGUUCGCACAAUCAAUGAAGAACUCCGGUGGCUCAAGCUUUUUCCGUUUCCCCGACGCUGAGAAUGCGGCGGGUGGUGGUGAGCAAAACACCUUCGGUGCUGGUGGCGAGGACGAGGAUCUGUACAACUAG